AUGUCAAAGGUAACAGUCUGUGCGCGAUUUAGGCCGCUGAGCUCAAAAGAGAACAAAGAUGACGGUGUAUGCGUUCGAGGCAUCGACGCUGAGACCUUCGUUUUCCAGGACGACGAGUUUACAUUCACCCUAGAUCGAGUUUUUUAUCAGGACUCUGCCCAAUCUGCGAUUUUUGACUUUCUCGCUCUGCCAAUCGUCACAGAUGCUGUGAAUGCUAUAAACGGAACAAUCAUCACUUAUGGACAGACAGGGGCUGGCAAGACAUAUUCCAUGGAGGGACCAGGCAUCCAGGACUGUGAUGAGCACAAGAAAGGAUUACUUCCAAGGGUGGUCGAGGGGAUGUUUGACCAAAUCAGCUCUUCCAUAGAUAUUGCAAGAUACACAGUUAAAUUGUCUAUGGUAGAAAUUUACAUGGAGAAAGUGAGGGACCUUUUGGACUUAUCAAAGGGAAACAUACAGAUCAAGGAGAACAAAACACAAGGAAUACUGUUGACGGGCGUUACUGAGGUGCCUGUAUCAGAUUCGACUGAGGCAUUGCAACAUUUAUGUACAGGUUUAGCUAACCGUGCAGUUGGAGAAACCCAAAUGAAUAUGUCCAGCAGUAGAAGCCACUGCGCUUACUUAUUCACAAUCCAGCAAGAUUCAGUUAAUGAAAAGAGGGUAAAAGCAGGAAAACUGAUUCUUGUCGACCUGGCUGGCUCAGAGAAAGCAGACAAAACUGGAGCAGAAGGUAGGGUUCUUGAAGAGGCAAAGACCAUCAAUAAAUCGCUCUCAGCCUUGGGGAACGUAAUAAACGCCCUUACAAGCGGCUCAUCUAGCAAAGCGAAUCACAUACCAUAUCGUGACUCCAAACUUACUCGCAUCCUACAGGAUGCCCUGGGUGGGAAUUCUCGAAUGGCACUGCUUUGUUGUUGCUCACCAAGCAAUUCGAAUGCAUCUGAGACGCUCUCAACCCUCAGGUUUGGCAUGAGGGCAAAGCACAUAAAAGCAUCACCACGUGCCAGUGAAGUAAAAUCUGCCAAGACACAAGAGGAACCCUCCUCGGUAACCGAAGAUGAAAAGUGUGGGAGGAUCCUAGAGAAGAUGAAAGAGAGAAUGAGCAACGAAGACAUCAAAAUGCUAGAGGAAGUGUUCAUACAGGAAGGGAUCAUUUUCAGCCUAGAUUCUAUGGAAGAAGUGGAAACAGCAUACAAAGACAUUGUAUCAGAAACUAUAAAAUCCUUAGAGCAGACUCUUGAAGAACUCCAACUGAAAGUCAAAAAGUUAGAAGCAGAAAACAAGAGUAUUCAGGAACAAGCAUUGCGAAAUCAGGAAUCUGACCCGGUUGGAAAGAUGUCAAGGUUCAUCAGUUCUUGGUAUGCAUCUUUCUUUCCAUCAUAA